AUGACAUCUUCCAAAUAUACUACUACUUUUCUGGUUCGAUUGUUUCGAUCUUUAGACACUUUGGUCGCGCUUCAUUACAGCACCAACUAUCUUUCAUCACUAGUGCGCUUUUCAACGGUAUCGAAACAGGUGCUGAACCUUAAUCAGGAGGUACUCUGCACGAUCAAGUCAAUCUAUCCCGAGUCUUAUGAGAUUGCCAGAGCAGGGGACGACAUCACAAUCGAUGUUUUUUGUGAAAACCCUGCCGACAGAACCGAGGAACGAGCCCAACUGCUCCAAAAGAUUGAGGAACGCCAACAAAUCUUUAGAUCAAAGCUCGAAGAGUGGAUCGCAAAUAGGUGCCCCAUUACAUUCACACUGGAGUCAGAGCAAAAGCAUCAAACGUCACCUAAGAAAAUUGCGAAAAUAGUCAAACCAAAGAACUCGCGCACCAAGUACGAAUUCCAUGAAAAGCAACUCCUAUCUGACCUGCCACUUUUAGAGCGCAUUAAAUUGAAGCAGGCCUCAAAAAAGAUGAAUAUUCCUCGCAACAAUAAACAAGAAGCCCUUGAUUCCAAAAUGGUCCCAAUCUACAACGUGAUCUACGAGCAAUCCCCCAAAUUUGACAGUUCCAAAACUGUCAGUCUGAGUGUCACUCGCCUUCAACAGCUGGUCAGAGACUCCAUGACGCUACCGGUUUCCGAAAGUGACGUGCGCAAAGUAUUGCAUCAGUUGGCUGAAAAACUCGGACUGCGGCUGACAGUCAUUGGUGAGACCCAGGUUCUUAGAAUUCCAAAGCUGAACAGAAACGAAGAUCUUGCCAAGCUGGGCAGCUGCCAAGUUGAGCUAGUUGAUUAA